CUAAAAAGAAAUGUCACAAGUUCCGCUCUGAUGAACUGUGUCACGCACACACGGUGACGGUUGACCCGGAUUGGAGCUGCCCUUGCGACACCUUCCACCAAAAAGGAAGCCUUUGUUCAAGCAGUGCGCCAACAUUGAGAACAUGGCGAACCUAGCUGUAUGCUGCUGGACUCAGAACUUACGCUCGCCACACCGAGAUCAAUCGCGCUCCUCUACGCAGGCUGACAGAUCUGAAGCGAUAGCGUCCGCAAUCAUCCCACUUACAUCAGCAAGCUCGCUGGCAGACGCUCCUCGCCACUUCCACUCAGUCUCUUUGCACGUCGAUGCAGAUGAUUUGCAAAUGGCUAGGGACAUCAUGAGCGCUACAAGCACAAGCCAAGGUCCUUGCAAUGCCUCUUCUGCGCAAGCUCAGGAAAGAGGACCACAGCGCAAACGCAUUCAGCUGCCUCCCAUCAAGCUUUCACCUGCCACUUCAGAGGCUACCUGGGCUCCUCCAUCUGGUAUGACGGCAAUGAGCUCCAGAAUCUGCGACCCUCCCGCUCGCGCUCUUGUGUCGCAUUAUCCCAAAGCUCCCAAAGUGAAAGACGCGCAUACAUCCGGCUUUACGACCGCGAAAGAGCUCAUUGCUUGCAAGGUCUGGGAGCUUGAGGGAAAAUCAUGCGAAGAUUCUGCAUUGCAAGACAUGGCCUGCGCGAUCGAACCAUGCAAUCAAUCAAAGCCGAAAUUCAAAGAUGAAGCAAAGAGCAGGGAAAAGCGAAAGAUCCCCCUGAGCGACGAAGGGUUGGACUUGCUGCUGCUGCCCUCCUCGCCUAAUAUGCUCACGAGUGAUCCAGUCGCCAUGAACGUGGAUGGCAAAGAUGAAGCCCAAUGCAACGCGGGCAAUGUGAUGGCUGCUGGCAGCACAUCUCAAUCGAGGCCCAUGAAGCGCAAGCCGGCAAUCCGUAUCGUGCGCAGCUCUAGCGAGGACAAGUACGAUCCCGCGCAUGAGGUGGCCAGACUUGAGACCGGCAGAGCAGGAUUGAAGCAGGGUAUGCCUUCCGCACAGUUCCCCUCUGCCACAAACAUGAUUACAUCUGCUUUUUCAAAGAGUCCCGCACCGUGCGUUCACAGUUCGGUUGGCUGAUUGCUGACUUUCCGAUCGACCGCAUGCCUUCGCGUGAUAGUACUUUCCCUGCAGAUCAACAGGCCUUUCAUCGUCGGACGCAAUGCGGACUCGUUCGUGCACCACAGACACGUUGCUCGCUACCAGUGUGCUGACCUUCCAAGCUCUGGUGUUGUCCUCGCCUUCGUUUCUCCGUCUCUCUUCUGGUUUGGCAGCGACUACGUUGUGCCUGAUCCUCGCGUGUCGAGAAGCGUAAGCACGAUACUCAGGAGCGGCCUUGUUUGAUGUGCGCCUGACCUCCAAAAUGCUUGAUGCGCAGCAUUUCCGGUUGUAUGCUCACAGGUUGGGGCUCAGACUGCAUUUUAUCUGCCUGAGAAGAGCACAC